GUCAUCAUGGUGGACCUGUUCCUAAACCGAGUUCUGGUCGAGAACAACUGGGACCAGGAUGAACUCAACACUGAGCGCGAAAUCAUCGGGAUCCUGGAAAACCGCAUCGUGCUGCUGUUCUUUGCCUCCUCCGAGUGCAAAAAGUGCCAGGAGUUUGUGCCUCUUCUGAAUGACUUUUUCAAGAGGCUGAAGGAUCCGGCCUACAUUGAAUACCCCAAACUGCUUGCACUCAUCUUUGUCAGCAUGGACCGAUCAGAGGAGCUGCAGGAGAGGCUCCUCAAAGAGAUGCACAAGAAGGUUCUGUUUCUGGCGUUUGAGGACCCGUACAGGAAGGAGCUGCAGGCCAUGUUCAAGGUAAAGGAGGUUCCAACAGCCGUGGUCCUUCGUCCCGACGGCUCCGUCCUCUCCCCGAACGCUGUGCAGGACAUCUGUCGUUUCGGCUCCGAAUGCUUCAGUAACUGGCAGGAGUCGGCGGAGCUCGUCGAGAGAAGCUUCAUGCUCAACGAGGAGUUCGACAACCUCAAUCUGCGUAGUGCCACCGAACCCGUGAGGAGACUUAAGUACAAGACAGAGGAAGACAAGAGGAAAAAGAAAUGGUGGAACUUGUGGGGCAAGGAUAAGGACACAUAUAAGAAGGAAGAUGAGAAGGAUGAAGCGUGGGGUGACGAGAGAAAGGAGGGAAAUAAAGGACCAUGGAGGAGAAGAUGA